AUGUGGGUAUUUUUUGUGGUGUUUAAAUUGGGUAAUGGGUGGGGGUUUUGUGGAUGUUUGGUUGUGGUUUGUUGGGGGGGUUUUUGGUGGAUGGGGUGGGGAGUGGGGUUAAGGGAGAGGAAAGGGAGGGAUUAUGGGGGGGGGAAUGGUAGUAUGGUUGUGGGUGGGGUGGUUUUUGGGGGGGGGGGGGGGGGGUUUUUUUGUUUGUGGGGGGGUUGUUGGGGAUUGUUGUGGGGGGGGGGGGGGGGGGGGGUUUUGGUAGUGGAGUUGGGGGGGGGUUGUUAUUUUAAUUGUUGGGUUGGAUAUUGGGGGUGGGUUUGGGGGUGGGGGGGUGGGGGGAUGAGGGGGAUUGGGUUUUAUGUGAAUGGGGGGGUGAUGGGGGAUGAGGUGGAAUUAUGA